AUGGAAGACAUUGACGAUGAUUACUUCUCCGACGACUUCGAUUCCCUGCCUCCAGGCACGCUUUACGAGCUCGAGCAGAAUGCUUUCCAGGCGACCCAGGCUCCGGCAACGCACCACCAGCAACAUGAUGCGCCGCUAGCGCUGAACGAGGCCGCCCUCGCGCACACUAGACAGACAGCUGCCGGCUUGAAACUGCCGCCCCGUCUACACACCGGAUUGACGAACGAUUAUGAUACGCUGGAGGUGGGAGAAUUGGAAGCAGAGGUCUAUGACAAUGUGGAGGGACAACAAGCAGUUCCACACGGUGCUCAUGUACUUGUUAAAGAGAGCGGAUGGGCUGUCAAUGGCGCCCUAGGUGAUAUGAUGGAGGUCGACGACCAGUAUGGCCAAGCAAAUGCAUACGAGAUGAACGCGCGCUUGGAACAAGUAAGUUCAAGCUCUACUGGGCCUUGUCCGAAAUAUCAAACUAAAUAUGCUUGUCUGCAGCUCGAACAGGAAAAGGAACAGAUGCGCCGAGAGUUAACGGAAGCCAAAACCAUGGCCGAAACAAAGGCUGGAGAAAUCGCCAUAAUUCGCUCGAAGCAAACACGAAUGGUCGAGGAGUAUGACCGACAAUUAGCGGCGCUACGUAAGGCCAUGGCCGAUCGGGAAACCACACACAAGGAAGCGGUCGAUGCGGCGAUGUCAGAGGGUAAAAUGCUGGCGACGGAGAACCUCUUCCUCCAGCAGGAUCUAGCCGAGGAGGUCCAUCAGCUGCGCAACUAUAAAUCGAAGCAGCGCACCGAGGAGAAGCUUCCACCUGUUACUCCAAAAAAGUCUCGAGUACUCCCUUUCCGUGAUGGGUUCGAUGAUGAUGAGAUCGCGGUGGUGUCUCCUAGCAAGUCAGCAGCACGGUCAAAACGAGGUACACCAACGGUUCCUGGGAAGCGAAAACGGCAGGCAAGCCAUGACGGUCCCGCUCCGUUACAGCUCAGCCCCGCGGGAGAGCUCAUGAUGGUUGAUCUCCCCACCGAUACCACCGGAACUGUCUUUGACGACGAGCCCAAGCCACGGGAUGUGGGCAACCAUGAUCCGCACCUUAUGAAACGCCUUUUGAAUCAUAGAAUGCUUCCUGGACAGCAGAGCGACCUUGAAGCGUUCGCCAGCCUCUAUUUCCCGUCCGAGCCGCAUAAGCCUCUAUCGAGUAUUGUCAUGGACGGACUGGCUCAGUCAGAUAUGGGCAACUUCGUGUUGGAAUACAUGUAUACCAUUGGGCCGCUCUGGCGACGGGGACUAACAGAACGCUUCUAUGAACCAGUGCCUCGAUUCAUGUCCAUUGCGAGGUAUGUCUUGAUGACGGACGGUGCUCCGCUCUCGGAUCUGAUUACUCCCUUGGUCGGUGUACUUCAAGAUUCGGUGGAGGUCAAUGCUGUCCCCCGGUUCAAGUACUCCCCAGCAGCACGAGAAAAGGCACGGAUACCCCGGUCAACCCCCCAAUCGGACCUACAUUUGGAAGUCGAUUCGACCGAGGCCCUUCGCCUACUCUAUCACAUCUCAUGCCAACUGCUACAUGUAAAGGGGGCACUCGAUAAUUUCUGGGCACACAUCCGGUACACCUUCAUCUUGGUGAUGCUGCAUGGCUCUCAACCGCUCAAGGACAUCAUGAUCAUACUACCUCUGUUGUUAACCAGCAUCCGUGUAGACUCGUUCGGCCCCAUCAUGUCCUCGGAGCAAGACCAGGCGGACGUGCAGAAAUGGAUCAUCGACCGUCUCUCCUUCAUGCUCAGCGAGGCGGUCAUUCCAGAUGAGGGCGUCGAGCCUUACACAGCCUACGACAUUUGUGCUAUGCGACUUGAGGUUCUCAUCUUGCUCGAAUCUCUAGCCUUCAACCCGGCCGCCCCGUCCCGAGAACAUGGAAGUGCCAUCAUCGCAGCCCACCCAACUGCUUUGCCGCGUCUAUUCCGAUCGAUGCAUGACGAGCUGGAUGCGCUCUACUCGUCACCUCCUGAACAGGACCUGCGCGUUGCAAUGGUCAAUGGUCUGAUGCGCCUAAUAUUCGGAGUCAUGCGUCGCCAUGGGUCAUCCAUCAACAUGCAGGAGAAAUUGGCGUGUGUACCGGGGAGCAAACAGAAGCACCUGGUGGUGCUCACGCGUCUGGCAUUCUGCGAUGGGUCUGUCCUCGAGGCGGGCGUCGAUGAUGAGACGGUUGACAUGGCACACGAACUGCUGGAAGAAUGGACGAAUCCGCAAGAAGCUGAGUCGCUAGCCGAAGCGUUCCCCAGUUCUCGGCGAGAGUGA